AUGUCUUGUACACGGACUCGGGUUUCCACUCAAAGUCCGAAGUAUCGCGCCGCUUGCGGUCGCGCGGGCGGGUUUUCCCCGAGCACGCAAUGCGCCGCCUGUAUCGGUCCUCCAUGGCAAACUCUCGCCGCACCGUUUCGCGCACAAGCGUGUGGGUACGCCAGGCAGAUUUCCGUCGGGCGGGCCGGAGCGAAAGCGCCCCGCAUGCCUCGGGCGCGUCGUGUACUAGGGCGUACUCCGUGGCGUAGGCGAAAAUUGUUCCUGGCGGCGGGGCGAGCAUGCACACUGUGUCCUUUUUUUGGGGCGCCACUUUUGCUGCGGCCGCAUCAGCACGUUCAUUGUUGCACAAAUCUCCAUGAGGGGCGGUCAAAGUGCUGUGUUCGAUUUCCAAUGGGAUGCUGGCCGCCUCAAGUAGCCCAGGAACACUUUCUAGUGCCGUCUUGUCUCCAUUGCAGUCGAUGCUGCUGCUGCACUCAAAAUUAG